CGGGUUCGCAGCUCGUAGACAGCUUGCCUCAUUCGGACUCGGUCCUCCUAGGAGAGGUCUUUCAGAACGUAGAAGGUUACUCCCUUGAGGCGCGCGGUCCGUCUCAGGAUGCGUUGGCAUUCUUCUUCAUCCUGACAGACGAUGUUCAGAGGACGAAACGUGACUGGGUCCUCCUAUUUUCUGUCAAGGGGAAAAUCAGAGAUUAGGUUUAUUCCUUGCUCACGUUCAUCAAACAUGGAGAGCACUCGUUUAAGGAAGGCUUGGUCGUCAAGCAUCCUUUCAGCUGGAGUCUCUUUGUUGGAUUAUGGGACGUUUGUGAUUAUCAGGCAGCGGUUGCAAGCAGGCGGCUUGUCUCGUUCCGUUGAUGCUGGCUUUGGGAAACAUUUCUUUUCUCUGACAAGUUCCUCAAGCUACGCUACUCUAUUUAAGAUGAGCUUUAGUUCCACAUUUUUGGCAUUUGAUUUUAUACUGGGCCGUGAGAUCUUCUUCGACGCCUUGUUCUCAGCUAUGGUUGUUCUCCCUUUUACGGAGGUGCUAGCGCUCGCGACUGCGGGUCAUAGGACUUGGGCUUAGGCAUCAGCCCAUUCCCGUUCUCACUUGGCAACGGUGUUAAGUCCAACGUGGUGGAGGACGCGCGGCUUCG